UAUUUGUUGCGAUUAGAGUCCAAACAUAACAUACCGUAACAUAAGUUCAAUAAAUGUUUGCAAUUAUUAUUGAAAAAACAAAUUGAUUUGUCAUUUGAUUAAACUGUUUAUUGAAUUAGUAAUGUUGUCAUCAAUUGUGUCGCCAAUUGUUUAUCUAAACUAAGGUAAAGACCAGUUGUUGAUCACAUCAUUUGAGAGCAACUAUUGUGUGAUUACUUGUAAUACAAUUGGAUUGAAGUGCGUCUGAAUGGUUGGUCACCACAAUGUGAUAAUCAGAAGACCUGAUGAGCACAUGUUUGAUGUGAAGAGAUCCGUUGAGCAGAAUGUCUUACGUGAAGACCCGAUCGGAAGACCACAAGAACAACAAAGAGAAUAGCAAUACGACCGAUGGUUUGGCCGUCGAUAUGGUCUACAAUUACAGACACAACAACUCGUCAUAUAAUUCACGAUCAUUUGUUUCAACGCAGCGAAGAAAUGGUCAACAAAAUGACGACAACAAACAUAGCAACAACUCUUACGCCAAUAACAGACACACGAAUAACUUGGAAGGAAUUCCACUCCAGAAGUCGAGCGUUUCAGCGACAGUUCAAUCGGAUCUGCGGUUACUUCGCAAUAGUUUGCGACAGUUUGAGACCGGAGAGAAGCGAUUGUGGCCAAAGUAUUUGCAGGAUUUGACACAACUGUUCCAAACUAAUACCUUUCCGCGCGCUGUCAUUGAAAAGCCCGGACGUGUUAUCGAUGAUGUCACCCGACAACUGACCAGAAUAUUGACCACUAAAUUGUUUACCGAUAUUAUUAAGGAAAUUAUUGAAUGUAUGGCUGCGUUUAGCGCUUGUCUUAGUCAUCAUUUAAGAGAGUUUUUUAAUUGGAUGUUUGAUUUAUACAAUUCAUCCAUUACUGAUGAAACCAGAAUUGUUUUGCUGAAGAGUUUACUCAAAAUGAUUGAAAACAAAAGCAAAGGAUUGAAUGAAAACAUGGGUUCACUUCUAAACAAAUUGAAAGAUGCUUUAGAAGAAGCAGAAAAUAUUGAACUUUUAUUAACCGUAACUGAAGUGAUAUUAAUGGCCGCUAAAAAUUACCCGAAUCUACUGCAACAACAUUUUCGAGAUGUCGUCGAUAUAUUGAUUGGUUGGCUUUUAGACUCAACUCAAUGUCACAAUCAAGUUAUGACAAAACCAUUAGAAAAUGCUUUGAUAUCAUUGAAGCAAUUUUGGAGAUAUGAUAUGGAGUUUUCAGUUACACUUUUAGGACAAUUUAUUGAAGACUUUGAACGUUUUUAUCAAGAAUUGAUUGACGAAAAUAAAGAUGUUUUAAUUCAACCCAAAAGCCAAUUAAAUCCCAAUCGUCGCUCAACUAAUGAGAACUUAUCAUCCGAUGCCAAAGUCUUGAAGAUGGCUUCACUCAUCAAUAUUUACGUAACUGUUUUGAAGAGUUUAGAAAGAUUUAAAUCACAUGAUUUAAAUCAAACAAUUACAUGGGAUUUCUUGAGUGAUGGUCUUAAAAAAAUAAUGAAUUGCGUUAAUUCUAUCAUUUGUAUUAAAACUUCUGAAGAUCUAGUGAUCGCAACUAAUCAUUGCUCGAGACUUACAUUGGAAUCGGUUGAUGUUAUAUCUCCUCAAUCUAAACAAUUGCUAACUGUUUUAAAGCCACAAUUACUUGAAUAUGUGGAAAAAGUACAGCAAUUAUUUGAUUUUGCGAGUAAUGAAUAUAUAAUCAGUACUUUAGACUUAAUGAAAACAGUUGUCAAGAGUCUGAAUACAGAUUUGGACACCGAUUUUGUAACCAAAGUGUUUAUUGUUGGCUCUCAGACACACAAAUUGCGAUUUAUUCCAUCAAAUAAAGUACAGAAAAGUCUAUUUUCAUUGCAUCACUCAAUCCUAUCCAUUAAAAGUGUUCCCAUUCUUGAAGAAUCUUAUCGAUGCUUAUUAUCAAACAUGAGUUUUGCACUUUCGAUACUUUUUGAUACAAAAGUUGUUGUUUUGGCCGAUGAUUUAACCGAAGAUUUUAAAAGCUAUAAUGUUUACACCGAAGAGGAAGCAAUACAUUUGUUACAGUCGUGUUUGGUUUCAUUGAGUGAAAUCGCAAACACCAAACACUCACUUAUUAUAAUUUGGGCGCUAAGACCAACACUAAUUGAUUUAGUACUCAAUAUUAUUAACAACUGGAAUGAGAUCCUAUCGACCAAAUACAAGACAAUUCAUUAUUGUUUACUUUAUAUGUUAUACUCUUAUAGCACAAAACAUAUGCAUUUUAUAUCAAAUAGUAGUCUUAUAGUCAAUUCCCCCAAUUCUGGUCAGACAUCAACUUCAAGUCAAAUAACUGGUAUGUUAUUCAAUACAUCAAUGACUCACCACAGUGUCAACAAUUUGUCAAAUAUUCUUAAAUUAUUGAAUAUUGUACUUAAACUAAAGUCAUUGUCACCAGAAGUUUCAGUUCUUUGUAUUGAUUGGAUUCAUGAGAUCAUUAAGAAUUCCCACUUACAUCUCAAUACAUUCAGUACAGCUAAAGAAAUUAUUGACGUAAUAGAAACCAUUUCAGACAUGACUUUCUCUAACAAUAAAACUGUUUGUCUGAAGAGUGCAAAAAUUAUUGAAACAGUUGUGAAGUUAUUUCCAAAUAUUGUUUUGCCGAAUGCUUUUAAUAAAUAUCAGAAGUCAUGUCUUAUAAAGAUUGGACACAUCGAUGAAGACAUUAAUAAAGAAUACAUUAAUCUAUUGGCUAUUCUUCCCACUGCUAUUAAGACUCAAGAUAUUCAUAUGUCUUCAUUUUCAGAUAUUUUAUGUCGAAGAGAUAGUUAUCUGUAUCCCGAAGACAUUCGAUUGUCUAUUUUGGCUCUCAUCCAAAGGGAACCUUCGACUUCGUUUACAUCAAAUUGUUUCCGAUCCGUUGUCUCUUUUAUUCUCGACAAUAGUUAUUCAGAAAACAAUAAUUGGUUAAGACGUUGGUUUAAUACAUGUCUUAGUGAUGACAAUCCAAUUAAAUGUUCGCAAUCACUGACAAAAUAUCAAAGCAUUUCAAAUACAAUAAAUACAACUCAAGUAUUUGAUAGUUAUAAAAGUUGCCAAAUAUAUUGGUCGGUUUGGGAAGUGGUUCAGUAUUGUAUAUUCAACCGUUUGAGGACACCAUUAGGCAAACCUCAGGACACAUUCACAAAGAUUGAAGCGACUAUUAAACGACGAGUCGUACAACUUCAGGGCACUAUUGAUGACUCUAAUACAUCGAUUGAAGUGAACUCAAUUCAAGUGAGAAUGUUAUUGCUUUUGAUGGAAAAUAUCGAGAAAUUGGUCUACAAUGCAAUUGAUGGUAACUCUAGUCGACUCUAUACAACACCGAAAAGUGCCAAAUCGUUUUUCAGGACUAAUAAAGCUACCUGUGCUGAAUGGAUUACUAGGAAUCGUAUGUCUGUUAUGUUAAUUGCACUCAAAUGUGCUGAACCCGCAACUGUUGUACGUCACGGACAAGAAUUACUUAGAGAACUGAUUCAAUCGAAAAAACAAACAAACAAAGACUUGGAAUUAAUUUUAAUUAUAAUAAUUGAAGCCCUCAUCCAAUUGGAAGCGGCAGAUGCUGUCAUGGGUUACUAUAUUUGGGCUAAACAAACACUUGGACUUAAAUAUUCGUGGAUUAAAGCAGCCGCUGAAGAGGCCAGUGGUCACUAUGAGAAUGCUUUGGAUCAAUUGGAUGUAAUUCAGAGCGAAAAUUUGCAUUCAAAUGACAAUGAGAACGGUGUUGUCGAUAAAGAUAUGUCAUCCAAUAAAACUGAUUUUUUAAACAACCGUUUGGUUCAAUGUUAUCUAAAUGUCGGUCGAUUUGAGGAAGCAAUUAAUUGGAGUAAACAAACACAGAAAACAUCGGCUAAUAAUCUCUUCAACAAUAAUAUUGAUUUUAAAUAUCUUUACGCUAUGUCUGAGUUUCCCAAUCAAGUGAAUGAUGAACCAAAUGAACGAAAUAAUACUUUGACAAAUGAGACAAAACAUGUUUUAUGGGAUAGAAAUGCAAUGUAUUAUAAAUCGCAGUCAAAGCUCUUUGAAUUAUGUGUCUCUCAUUUUAAGGAUCCAUCAAAUAAUAUUAAUAAACAACUGGAAGAGCUCAUUGAUAAUAACAUAAAUCCAUUGGUUAAGAUACCAAUACUGUGUGGUCCGAGCCCUGAGUUUUCAAUGAUAACUGUUUUGCAUAGAAACGCAAUUGCUUUGAAAUCAAUUACCGGUACUAAUAAUAAUUAUAAGAUAUUAAAGAAUAUAUUACCAUUGAAUCCAAUGACAGGAUUCACAUCAACUAAUGCCAGUGUUUUAGUUAAUGCUAUGAUUUGGGCCAAUAUUUAUAACAAUUUAGCUCAAAACACGACAAUUACAACAACAACUAAUUCAUUCAAUAAUUCAUUUAAUGAAUUGAAUUAUAUUUGUGCAAAAACUGCACGAAAACAACAAAAUUUGAAACUUUCACAAAUACUUCUAUUGAAAUACGCGGCCAAUACUUGUGGUCUAGAAUUAGCCAAACAUUAUAUUAAAGGAGAAGCGAUGAACAAUAUAUCGCUAAAAGUAAAUGAUUUAUCGCCAAUAAUUAAAGUCAUCAAAGAAGCCAUCAAUCAAAAGAGUAGAUCCGAAAAUUUGAUUAAUUUUGAAUUAGAAGCGGCAAAACUUAUGUAUAGUUUUGGUAACUCGAGAGCUGCCAUCGAUACACUCCUUAGUUCAACUUCACAAUUGCUACUCAAGUGUGACGACAAGCACAGUGACCAAUACAUGGAAACUAUGUCUCGAGCGCUGUUAACUUUGGUCAAGUAUUUACAAUUAGAUACCAAAUAUAUCGAACAGUUAAAUAUAUCACAUCCCACUCUUACUUUACUACUUCAUCGAUUUAAUGACCUCAUUGAUUGUGAACAAGUAUUGGGACCGUUAGAUACAUUGGUCGGAAAAUUAUUAUUGUUUAGUGUAAGCAAUUAUCCAGAUUUAGCUAAGUCUUGGUAUGCAUUGGGCGCCUGGAGUUACCGAUGGGGUCGCAAAUUGAGUGAUUUAGAAGAAGACAAACUCGAACACAGAAGUAUUACUAAAGAAGAGAACGCUUACGCCCUCUACAAACUGUCCGCCACUUCUUAUUUUAAGUUUUUGCAUAUAAGUGGACACAAUAGCUGUGAAUCAGUUAACGCAACUCUUAGAUUAUUACGGCUUAUAUUAAAACACGCAAAUGAAAUGCGAGAGAUUCUUGAGGUUGGCCUCUCUCAGACACCAACCGAGCCGUGGAAGAACAUUAUUCUUCAAUUGUUUUCACGACUUAACCAUCCGGAGCAUUAUGUUCGCCAAAGCAUUAGUGAUCUUUUAUCAAGAAUAGGUAGUGAUUGUCACCAUCUAAUUGUUUUUCCUGCUGUUGCCGGAUCUUUAACAAACAAAAAGGAAGAAUUUGUAUUUGAUUCAGUUCCCGGAAAGACUUUUGGUUUCAAUGAAAGUUUUGAUGACGACUUUGAUGUCGAUGCUGUCAUCAACGAACAAGAAGAAGAGUCAGCACUAAUGCAGAACUGCUACGCGGCUCUCGUCGAGACUUUGAGUCAACAGAACCCCCAAUUAAUAUCACAAACUAAAGCAUUUGUUUAUGAGUUGCGACGAAUCACUGUCUUAUGGGAUGAAUUAUGGAUCGGAACUCUUAUGAAUCAUUUGGGAGAACUUAAGAAACAAAUUACUUCUUUUGAGACAGAAGUCGACAAAAUAAAGGGAAACCAUAUGUUGAACGACGAAGAAAAAGCUUAUAUUAUUCGAGAAAAACACAACAUUUUUUUUAGACGAGUCAUAUAUUUCUUAGAGUUGACGCAAUUGAUUACUGGAGAAACACCAGAAACACCCCAUGAAGCGUGGUUUCAGAGAUCUUUCGGUAAAUCGAUUGCCGAUACCAUUAAAUUAUUGCAAUCACCUGCAGAUCCUUCACAACCUCAACAAAAUUUAGUUGUUUAUCAACAGUUGUUACAAAUGAUUCAAAAGAAAGCAAUGAUGGCCUCAAAUGGUCGCUCACAGCUUAUUAUGGAUAAUAUUAGUCCAAUUUUAGCGUCACUCGAGAACACUGUAAUACCGAUGCCGGGACUUAAUGUUCACUCGACUACAUCUGGAACUACAAUAACAAUACAACGGGUCUCCCGAACGGUGACCACUUUGCACACUAAAACUAAACCUAAGAAAAUUGUUUUCUUUGGUUCCGAUGGCAAAGCACACGCCUAUCUGUUUAAAGGACACGAAGACUUGCAUUUAGACGAACGUAUUAUGCAAUUCCUUGCAAUUGUCAACAAAAUGAUUGUUAAAUAUCACAGCAAUAAACAAGAAAAUGUUUAUUAUAGAGCUCGACAUUAUUCAGUGACUCCAUUAGGCAAUAAAUCUGGACUAAUUCAAUGGGUAGAUAGUGGACAAGCACUCUAUGGUUUUUACAAGAAAUGGAUACUCAAUCGAGAUGUAUCACCCAAUAAAAUGAAUGCAAAUCAAAAUCAGAACCAAAAUGGCGCCAAUGAUGCUGUUUAUAAGCCUUCGGACAUAUUUAACCGAAAGUUGAUUUCAAAAGGAAUUGUUUCGACGACAAGAAGUGAGUGGCCAUCAAAAGUAUUGGUUCAGGUUUUACAAGAAUUAAUGAAAGAGACGCCAAUUGAUCUAAUAUCGAAAGAGUUGUGGUGUGCAUCAGUUAAUUCGUAUGAUUACUGGCGACUCACUCAGACAUUCACUUAUUCAAACGCAUUGAUGUCAAUAAUUGGAUAUAUUAUUGGUUUGGGUGACAGACAUCUCGACAAUAUAUUGCUUGACUUAAAUACUGGAGAAGUGAUUCACAUUGAUUACAAUAUAUGCUUUGAAAAGGGAAAGACACUUCGCGUACCAGAGAAGGUGUCCUGUCGUUUGACGCAAAACAUUGUUAACGCAUUCGGUAUAACUGGAAUUGAGGGCACUUUUCGUAUGUCUUGUGAAAACAUACUUCGAGUUCUUCGCAAAGGAAAAGAGACGCUUUUGACUUUAUUGGAAGCAUUUGUUUACGACCCGCUAAUUGAUUGGACGCCUGAACAUGAGGAAGGAUAUACUGGUGCCAUAUAUGGAGGCGCACGCAUUGCAGAGUUGGCCAAUGAAGGGAAACUUAUUUCAAAACAUCAGAUGGAGAAAGAAAACGCUGAAGCGAUUGUCAGAUUGAAUGCUAAGAUUAAACAAAUUGAGAGACAAAAUAAUUGGCCUAAAAUUUCCGAUGAUAUGUCAAUGGUUGAAAUUGAACCCAAAAUGGACACUUUAGAAGAUAUUACAUUAAAUGAUACCGCUAUUGUCAGCGCUUCCAGAUUUGGCAACGUUUCUAAUUCUAUUGAAAAUGAAAAGUCAAAGAAAUUGUCAAACAAUAAAACAUCUUCUUCUGUUAAACGUAAUACUUAUGCGACAAAUGUGUGGAAAAAAGUUAAAAUGAAGUUGGACGGUAGAGAUCCGGAUCAGAACAAGAAAUUUAGUGUCAUUGAACAGGUCAACAAUGUGUUGAAAGAUGCCAUGGAUAUAGAAAACUUGGCGCUUAUGUAUGAAGGCUGGACCAGUUGGGUUUGAAUGACACUAAUAAAACAAAUUUGGGUUAAAGCUGUUAAACAAAACAAAAUCCAGAAUAUAUAAUCUGGUUUACCAAACGACCAAAAUAUAAACAUCUGGUUCCGGACCUAUCGGUUCAAUCCAAACGACUCUACAAAUGAAUCGGAAACCAUUUGGUCGGAUCUAAAAAAAUCCACAUUAAAAACAAUAUCCAAAAUUCUCUAAUCGCAUAACAAAAUGGUUAAUCCAGUUGAGGGAACCAACCAAAUGGAUGAUCAGUCGAUAGAUUGGAUCGUUCUCUCCUUAUAACAGAUUUAAUUGUAUAUCAUUUCAUUUGAACACUAAAAUUCUUGUCCACAAAAAAAGAUUUGUGUUUAUUAGACCCAAAAAUUUGUUAACACACAAACAAUUACUGAUUGCUUUUUUCAAUUUUUUGUUGUUUUAUAAAUUUUUUUCUUUCCUUUCAUUAUUAUUAUUUUUAUUAUUAUU